CGAUGUACAGUCGCUGGGACCGGGACGUCAGAUAGGAUAUAUCGGUUGUAAGCAGUCAGCUAGCGAACCGUUUUUAUAUUGUAUUGGCAAUAACGUGAGGCUUCUGAAAAAAUGGAUAACUCCGGUAAAGAGAAGGAAGCUAUUCAGCUUAUGGCAGAAGCAGACAAGAAAGUAAAGUCGUCAGGGUCGUUCUUGGGUGGAAUGUUUGGGGGGAACCACAAGGUAGAGGAGGCGUGUGAGAUGUAUGCCCGCGCAGCCAACAUGUUCAAGAUGGCCAAGAACUGGAGCGCUGCGGGAAGCGCCUUCUGCCAAGCAGCCCGUCUGCACAUGCAGUUGCAAAGCAAACACGACGCUGCCACCAGCUUUGUGGAUGCUGGCAACGCCUACAAGAAGGCCGACCCGCAAGAGGCUAUCAACUGUUUAAAUGCAGCCAUCGAUAUUUAUACAGACAUGGGAAGGUUCACCAUCGCUGCCAAGCACCACAUCACCAUUGCCGAGGUUUACGAGUCGGAGCUGGUCGACAUAGAGAAGGCCAUUGCACACUAUGAACAGGCCGCAGACUACUACAAAGGGGAGGAGUCAAACAGCUCUGCUAACAAGUGCCUGCUGAAGGUGGCAUCCUAUAGUGCCCAGCUGGAGCAGUACCAGAAAGCCAUCGAAAUAUAUGAGCAGGUCGGCACCAACACUAUGGAUAACCCCUUGCUGAAAUACAGUGCCAAGGAGUACUUCUUCAAGGCUUCACUCUGCCACUUCAUUGUUGAUGAACUGAAUGCAAAGCUGGCUGUUGAGAAGUAUGAGGAGAUGUUCCCCGCCUUUUCAGACUCCAGAGAAUGCAAGCUGCUUAAGAAACUUCUGGAAGCUCACGAGGAGCAGAACAGUGAAGCCUUUACUGAGGCUGUGAAGGAGUUUGACUCUAUCUCCCGUCUGGACCAGUGGCUGACCACAAUGCUUCUGCGCAUCAAAAAGACCAUCCAGGGUGAUGCUGGGGAUCUGAAGUGACCUGUAUUGCCAGACUCUCUCUGUACUGUUUUUGUGCAAAGUCCCGGUUUAGAUUUCUUCAUAUUUUCAGUACAAAUAGCUACAAUAUUAUACGCAUAUAUCAAUAUAUUAUAAGCAACAACUUGAAUUUUUGGUUGUUUAAAUGAAGUCAGGAUCGGGUGUGCUAUUCCCCAGUUUGCCCUUCAUAUACUUUUCCCCAUAGGCUGCAUCUCUAAUACAUGACCUUUUUGGGGACUUAUAAUAGGUUUAAAAUUCAGUUUCUAGGUUAGGAGGUGUCAGGAGGUUUAUAGAAAUAAAGGCCAAGGACAUUCCAGAAGACUGAUAGAUAUGGAGGAUUUUCACAAAUUGUGAUCACUUUUUAUAUGGUUCUAGUGCAGGUCUUGCGUGGUGUACAGUUGUAAUUAUUCAGUAGGCAGAGAGCACAUAUUCAGUAUUUUUAUUUAUAAAUUUAUUUUUAAAGCAAAGAUUUUAUUCUUUUUGUCUCUGUUGGCCAGCAGCCUGUUGAUAAAGGCGGUUGGUUUGUUUCUGUUCUCAUUCUGUCAAUUCCUGGGGCUUUGUUUGUACCCUCUUAUGGCUGAUGGCAAGGAAUGAAGCCGAAAUGAGGUAUCGUUCUGUGUUUUCAUAAAAACCACAGCACAUGGUUGAUUGGUUAGAGAACUUUUAUAUGCAAUUAGGAAAUGGGCUUUUCAAUUAAAAUUUCCCUGUCAAAAUGUGGCCCUUAGAUGGGAAAAUGGCUACUGGAUCAGUUAUAUUUGAUGAUGUUGAAUUGAUUAUUGGAUAUUGUGUCUGAGUUUAUAGUGCUAAUGGUAACACUUAAGGCAUCUACUUCUGAUUCGUUACUUCCCAGUUUGACUUUUGGCAGUUCUGAUUCAUUAGUCCUUAAUUCAUGUUUCGUCCAGCUGUAUUUGGUACGGUUUUCCACUAAUCAUUUGAAGUAAUUUGAGUCGUUUGGCUGUGUCAUGGUUGUAUAUUACUGUUUCCAUUCUCUGCUUAUGCUAAGUGAAUCAGUUUUUGUUCUUGGAAUUCUGAAGUAUUUUUGCACAGUUACCAAUAGUAACAAUUCCCUUGAUGUUGUCAAUGUGCUGAAUCUUGUAAGCUGUAGUUGUGUACACCAUGUUUCUUGUGUUAAAUGUCUGUGUUAUGAAUGUGUGCUAAUUAUUCGAGUCAGCUCUGCGCGUGCACCCCAGCAAGCAUGGUGUUAUCUGUACUGUAAAUUGUGAAGUCUUAACAGAUUUUCACAGGGCCAGGGAAGGGACCGUAAAUCUGCAAAUCAGGAUUAAUCCCAGUCAAGAAACAACAAAACAGACCUGGUCUUUUGUGCAUCUGUUGUGUGUCAUUUUGUGCUGAACUUUACUGUAAUA